GCAUGAUAGCAUUUUGCAGCGAGAGUUGUGUGGAUCUUUCCGAUGCAAUAGUGGGUCAAACUUGAUCACUUCCAACACCAAAUCUGAAUCUUUCACUUUCGGACCUGAAGGAACAAUGACCUUUACCUUUGCUUUGGCAAACCGCCCUUGAUUCCCUGGAAGUUUCUGAAGGGAGGGGGCAGAUGCGGCGACGUCACGUCGUCGUCAGCUCAAGCGGCUCAAGCCGGUGUGCCGGCUCCGCACCGGGGCAGGAGCUUUCGCCAUGUUGGCGCUUCAUUUUCUGCCUUCGGCCGGCAAAAUCUCUUUCGGGGAAGAGGGUGGCAAGAGGACGCCGGUGGUGAACCUGGACCUGGCCAUCCAGCUCUCAAUCCCGACAUUGUUGGAGGCUUUGAUGAAGAGCUAUGAGGCGGAGAGCUUGGCCGCUUCGGAGGCUUCAGGUGCUGGACCGGCAGAGCGCCCCACGGAGCCCAGCGAGGUGCAGCACGGCUCGGAGGACAGCAAGGGUGAGAAGCAGGAGGCCAAGGAGGAUCUAGAGGUGAACACCUCCGAGCCGGAAGGGACCUGCGAGGCCGCUGGAGUGGUUUGGGAACCCUUCAACGGAGCGAAGCUGGAGCAGCCCGCCCUGCCCCUCGUGUCCCCCUGGGAGCCGAUCCUGACCAGUGGCAGCUUCGCCAAGAAGAAGGGCAACAAGAUGCUCGAAGACUCGAAAGGUGAUUUCUAUGCACGUUUGCAACAGCUGAGUGAUGCCUCGGCCGCUGUUCACGAGUUUCAAAAGGCGUCCUUGGAGGCGCAGCAGACCUUGAGUUGUGCACAAGGGGCCUUGAGCAGUCAGCUGCAGAAGUCAGCCUCUUCCAUCCACGACCGUAUUCACAACCUCGCGUCCAAUGUGAAGUUCCAGAACGCGGGCCUCUCCCGCCACUGUGCGGAGCAUAGCAGGAGGCUGGACAGUAUUUGCGAUGGGAUUUCAUCUUUGCAGGACGGCUUAACUGGGGAACUGGAGGAGAUCCGUAAGGCACUUCACCUUGGACAUCCAGGAUCUUCCAACUCGGCUGGCCAGGCUAGCCAGGAGGAACGCAACUAGGAAUGCCACCACAAGCUGCGCUCCGCUCUUUUCACCACCUGAGCUCUGGUGGGUGACGGCGCUGGCUUGAGCAGCGAGCUAAGCAGUGAUCCUGGCAGAGGCGCUCCGGUCUGACCAUCUCGGAAUCCUGAGGAGGUCGAUGGCGCCGAACUGCCAGUGAUCGAUGUACAUCCGUGUCAUGUAGAGUACUUUUAGCGUUAAAAGACCAAGUGACACCGUGCAAAAAGAAGCCGAGUCGGCCAGACCUGGCGGUGGAGCCCCCUCA